AUGAAAGUGUUUGAUAUUGUUAUAAUAGGAAGAAAUAUCUCUGCAAUGACAGCUGCCAUCUACGCAGCAAUGUCUAAAAGCAACACUUUAUACAUAAGCCCACCCACAGAGAAGGGUCAAGUAACCGGAGUGAAUAAGUAUGUUGGGUACUUAUCCGGGGACUAUGAGAACUUCCGUAUGAGCACGUAUAAACAACUAAAAAAAUUCGACAUUCCGGAGAGUGACUUCCCUGUAGAAAGGAUAAUGGUAGAGGAUGAAUAUUUAAGAAUAUUUACAGAUGAAGAGAUCCUAGCAAAAACAGUUAUUAUAUCAACUGAUGAUGUAUUAGAGAAAGUAGAAGGGGACAAUAACAGUAAAAUGAUAUUUAAAUGUGGUAAUUUAAUUAACAACCAAACAGAAAUGAUUGCACUAGCAGGGACUGGGUGCAUGGCUGCAAUGGAUGCACGCACUUUUAUUUCAGAACAUAAAUAAUUCAG